GCAACGCGCAUGCUCCAUGUGCGGCGCCCCCGACUCGCCGCUCGGCUCCGCUCGGGCAUUUCCGCCUCUUUGUUUUAAACUCCGGACGGGUUUUUUUCUCCUGCUCUUGGGGGGGACCCGGAGGGAGCGGCGCCCCCCCCCCCCGCUCCCGGCGCUGCCCCCGCGUGCGCCCCGCUCGCCCGCAGCCGAGACGGCAGGCUUCAAGAUGUAGCAGAGGGCUCCGGGCUGCCGUGUACAGAAGAUGGACAGAGAGCAAGGGACGGAGGGGAGGCACGGAAGCGAAGACCCGCAGGGCAGAGUGCGGCCGCUGGCGAGGUGCCCCAGUGUCAGAGCAGCGGCCUGAGCGCCCAAUGCGAGGGCAGGAGGAGGGGGCCGAAGACGUCUAGAGGAGAAGCCAAAGAUGUUGACCAGAAAGAUUAAACUCUGGGACAUAAAUGCCCACAUCACCUGCCGCCUGUGCAGUGGAUAUCUCAUCGACGCGACCACGGUGACCGAGUGUCUGCAUACGUUCUGUCGGAGCUGCCUGGUCAAGUAUUUGGAGGAGAACAACACCUGCCCCACGUGUAGGAUCGUGAUCCACCAGAGCCACCCGCUGCAGUACAUUGGUCAUGACAGAACCAUGCAGGACAUUGUUUACAAACUGGUUCCAGGCCUUCAGGAAGCGGAAAUGAGAAAACAGAGGGAAUUCUACCACAAGUUAGGCAUGGAAGUGCCUGGAGACAUCAAGGGGGAGACCUGUUCUGCGAAACAGCACCUAGAUCCCCAUCGGAACGGUGAAACCAAAGCAGAUGACAGUUCGAACAAAGAGGCCGCGGAGGAGAAGCAGGAGGAGGACAAUGACUACCACAGGAGCGAUGAGCAGGUGAGCAUCUGUCUGGAGUGCAACAGCAGCAAACUGCGGGGCCUGAAGCGAAAGUGGAUCCGCUGCUCGGCCCAGGCGACCGUCCUGCACCUGAAGAAGUUCAUCGCCAAAAAACUUAACCUUUCGUCUUUCAACGAGCUGGACAUUUUAUGCAACGAGGAAAUCCUGGGCAAGGACCACACGCUCAAAUUUGUGGUUGUCACGAGGUGGAGAUUCAAGAAGGCGCCUCUCCUGCUGCACUACAGACCCAAGAUGGACUUGCUCUGAGCUCGGCCCUGGGCCGGCCCCGCCGCGCCCGGGCUGUGGCCGCCCUGCAGGUGUCGUGGGGACCAGAUUUCUGAACAGAGUAUUUAUAACUUUUGUAUGAGAGAACUCACACUCACCAAGACACUACCAGCACCGCGGUCACGAGACGACGAAACACUUUACCGCACAGUCUUAGUGGCCGAAGAGGCGCCUCUCACAGACUGGAUGGUAAACACAGUGGCCACGCGACCUUCGCUUGCUUUCCAGGCCUUGGAAAUCUGGUCAUUUCAGUUUAGUUGAUGAAUUAGGGUUCACGAUAAGCCUCGAAAAUACUUGUAUGUUUAUUGAACCCUUCCUAAGUUAUUGAGAAAAUAUCUUUUCAUGGUGAAUGACGCUAUUUAUGUUGCCUUUAGCUUCCUGAAGACUUAGAAGGUAUAUAAAGGUUUAAUUUAAAAGCAUACCAAAAGGGGUUUCCAUUAAUGAGUUAGCCACGGUAUUUAAUUUCCACAUUAGGAAACGGGAAAAGCCGACGGCGCCUCUGCCUCCUCGCCUGGCGCUCCGGGCUCCGAGGGCCACGCGGCCCCCAGGCGAGGAAGGGCCCCCACCGCCCCCCAGACGCCCCCGGACGCGGCGCACUCAGCAGGGCGGGGUGGCUAGGCCGGCCGCACGCCGCCUGGUGGAGCCGCCCUUGUUCUCAAACAUCACUGGUGCGCGUCGGGUUCCGAGGGCUGAGGGCCCCGCUUAAUUCUUCCUAUCUGCAUCUUGCUGAAGGGAGGGGUGGUGGCUCUGGGGGGCGUUCCCGUCGGAUGAGGGCCGGUGCCCCAGGGCGCAGCUCCGGUCCCCACCACGGCCACCCUUGGAAAGCUGUCCCCCGCCCCCGCUUGUGCACAAAGCCGGCACUCUGUUGCCGUUCCCAGCCGAGCCUGGGACGAGCCUGCUGGCUGCUUUUUCAGUGACUUAAUGUUCUCAAGUGCCGGUCACAGGCAGCACACGUUUUGUCAACCCCUUUCUCCUCCCAGGUGUUAAUAUUUUUGUGGAAUUAGAGAAUAAAUAUUUGUUCCUUGAAAAUAGUAACUUGGAACACGUAAAGCAAGAAGGAGAAAGCAACCACUUUCCGGGGCAGUGAAAGUGUUGUCCUGGGUUCUGUGUCUGUCCUUGUCCUCUGCCCCCCGCACCGUGCUUCCUCAGUGAGCUUUGGGUUCCUGCCCCCCACCCCCACCCCCCACCGUCACCUCUGCUCACCCUGCAGGCAGGCUGGGGGCCCUGGGUCCAUCAGCCCCCGUCCACCACCUUCGGUCAUGGACUGUUUCACCUUACUGACCAGAAUUUUUUUCUCCAUUUGCUUCGAAAGUUACGGUUGGGUUUCUUCUGCUUCCCAUUUCGUACAGGUAAAUGUCAGGAGCAGCUACUAACGAGACCUGAUCUGGGUGACGAGAAAAUCAUCCCAAUUAACUCAGUCCAAGUGAUUCUAACGUAAGGCCUUUCACAAACGUAGCAACAGAUUGUUAGGGAUUGGUCAAAAUUCACGUCUUCGUUUAAGCCCAUGGACUCCCAGUACUGUUCGAGUUGUUCAGUUACCUAAGCUUGCUACUCAUCCAAAUCAUGUUUUAGGGUUGCUCUACUAGGGUUAAUGAGUAGAUGUGUAGGAGUAAAUAUUGCCUGUCUACCUCAAAAUACACAUCACUGCUGAAGCACUCUGCACAACCAUACAUUACCACAGUGCGGUUUUAGGGUUAGCGUUAGAACUUGGGGAUUUGCCUGUGUGGUGGAGGGGGGGUUAGGGUGAAACAGUGUAAGCACCCAAAUUCAAACAGAAUCGGCUCACGGUUCAGAUUAGACCGAGUAUCGCCGUAAUCCUCUCAUAAUAUAUAUUUGUAACUUUGUAGCUAUCUUUGAAAUCACUUGAAUUUGCUAUGGUGCUAAGCGGACGUACUUAAAUACACGGAGAGGUGGAGAUGGUCGGAGCCAGUGCUGACAUGGCCGGCAGGCUGCUGGCCCUCCUGUGACCCCUUUUGUAAUCGUGUCAACCUGACGCAACCUCAGCAGAAGUACCUAUUUUUCUAAGAUUCCUCGUGCAGACUGUCUUCACUACAGGACGGCCCCGGGGACCCCGCCCCCCAGCUGACAGGAGCCCAGAGCCUGCGUCCCAGGGCAGCUUCCGUGGCCCCUUCCCCGCUGUCACGCUUUCGUGUCACAUCAAAAGGCUGAAUUUAAUUUCUUCCAGCAUGAAAGCCAGGAUCAGUUAGUGAUUGGAUCCUACGAGGUUUUUUUUUUUAACAGAUGGAGUUACUGUGAAGUAGUUUUCACGACCGUUUAUGCUGGUAAGCAAGAGCUGUUCAGUUACCUUUCCGCGUCACUGUCCGCGGCAGCGGGACUCCCUGCCCAGCACGUGGUCUCGCUAAAUGCAGUUUUCAUGAAAAUAGAAAAUUCAGAUAGAAUAUAUAAAUAUUGAAUUUAAGAUGUGGGGGGUUAAAAAAAAAGAAAACUUAACUUUAUAAAAUUAUUUAUUCUAUUUUAAGCCUUCUAUCAUAUUUUCCCAUCCGAUUGUUUGGUUUCCGUGGUCCAGCUUUAUUUACAGGCAUAUAAAAUGAAAUUGUGACAUGUUUUGCAAGCUUCUUCUUUUACUUUGAGUAGCUUUUAAUUUGUACGUUUUUUUUAGAUAGAUACAGAGCACUGUUUAUGCUUUUGUGCAAUAGGUCCCAAGAUGCAUUUACUAGACAUCUGUUUAAAUUGUAAUGCCGCAUCUCUUCUGCUCAAUUGAAAGGGAAUGUAGGUGGAAUUUCAAAAUAUGUACAUUCAGCUAUUUGGUUUCUCCUUUUCACUGUUGUUACGAGAAUGCUGUUUUGGGGGAUGGUGUGUGUGUGUGUGUGUGUGUGUGUGUGUGUGUGUGCAAGAACACCUGCCAGCAGUAUCGUAGGGCACGAGACCCAGCAGGCUGCCUCGCGGCCACCCCGGGUCCCCUAUUUUCGGACCCCGUGUGCGGCCCUUGGGUGCCCUGCCCCACGCCGACCAGACCACGGAUGUGUGGGUGCUACUUCCACAGGGGCUCCCGAGCCCUCCAGGGCGUGCGGCCUCUGAUGCCUCCUUGUGGCGAAGUCUUUAGAAAUCCAUUUCGUUUCUUCCUCAAAGCGCACAGGAUGGCAUUUUACAGCAGUUUAAAACGUGUCAUUGGGCUGAAUGUUCCAGAAAACGAGUCAGCUGAUUUCUACUUUACAUGCGAGUGUUAGAUGUGCUCUUAAGACACUGAAAAUAAACUUAGCUCAGAACAAAUCCUGUUUCUGUUUCCUCAGGAAAUCAUUUACGCUCCAUCAUGUGUGACCUUAGCGCCAUAAGCCAAGUGUCUCUCUGCCUUGGGAUUUAAACCAACUACGUAGGUCAAGAUCAGUAGAUUAGAAAACCGUGAUUCAAACCAGCCGUCAUCUUGACACACUCUGUCCCUGCGAGGCAGGGACAGGUGUGGCGCAGCUGUAGCCUCCGGGCCAUCAGGGAGGCUCUGUUUGUGCGAAUGCCCGCCCACGCUUGGCCUGCAUCACGUGGGGUUCGCCACGUCCACGAGCGCAUCUGAAGGAGGGACUGUGGUUUGAGUGUCCCCUAAAACGUGUGUAGCGUUAGUGCAAAUGUCUGUUCCAACAACUGAAUUGGGUAUAAGAAAACCAUUUUUCCCCAAACGAUGUAGGGUUCAGGGCUGUGAGCCGCCACUAACCUGACCGUCACACGUGGCCACAUGGACGCUGUCGCGGUUUGUUGAGAUGAAAAUGCAGAUACAUAUUUUUGACUGUUUAGUUUGAAAGUUUACAUUUUUUAUGCUUUGUGUUGGUGUGUAAUUUUUGUUCUAUUGGUGGCUAGUUUUUGUCUAAAAUCUUUUUUGGAAUAUUGCUUAAACGUUUUGAUUUUAUGAUAGUGAAGCUUGUACUCAGUGUUUUGCCAAUUAAUAUUAUAUGCUUGUAAUAAAAGCAAAAGAAAAACAUA